AUGACCUCAACACGCCGCUCACGCCAGCCGCCUCGGGGGGCUAUGAAUUCCCUCCACGACGCGGCGUUCAAGGGAUCCACGGAGCGCACGGCGGAGCUCUUGGCGACCGGUUCUUGGGACAUCAACCAGGGCACCGUCAACAACUGGACCCCCCUCAUAUUCGCGGCCAGCAUGGGUCACUCGAGCGUGCUCGGGAUCCUGCUUAGCAAGGGGGCCAACGUAUCCAUCGUGACCGACACCGGCGUCACCGCUCUGCACGUGGCGGUCGAGGGCGGGCACGCCGCGGCUACGAGGGUGCUGGCAGAGGCGGGCGCCGACCUGAACAGGCCCGACCCUCAGGGCUUCUCGCCGCUGCACGUCGUGGCCGACUUCGGGUUCACGGACGUGAUGAGAGCGCUGAUAGACGCGGGCGCGAACGUCGACAUCCGCACGCCGGUCGACGGGGAGACGCCGCUGUUCAGGGCGAUGACGGAAGGGCAGCUGGAAGCGACGAGGGAGCUCCUGCGCGCGAACGCAAACCCGCUGAUAACCAGGGCGCCGCUGCCGACGCUGCUCCCGCUGGACUCGGCCGCUCGCAACGGCAACUUGCUGGUGAUGCGCGAGCUGAUACAGCGGGUCGGGAUCGAGGGCUGCGGGGGCCAGAGCCGCGGCGAGGUUGCUCUCCUGAUGGCCGGCGAGGGCCGGCGCGUUGCUGCCAUGGCGUUGUUGACGCACGCAGGGGUGGUGGAUACGGGGCAGGCGUUGACCAUCUCCGCCGGUCUCGGCAGGGAGGCCUCCGUCAAGUAUCUCCUGCAGAACCACGCCAAGCACUACGGCCCCGGGGCAUACGUGAACGUCCGCGAUCGCAACGGCACGACGCCCCUGCUGAGCAGCAUUUAUGUCUGCGGUGUUGACGAGCAGUCGAGCUUUCCCAGGGUGGCGCGGUUGCUGGUGGAGGCCGGGGCAGACACGACAACCGAGCUUCGACGGACGAACUCCAUGGGUGUCGUGCUGUUUAGCUGCACCCCCCUGAAGCUCACCGUCCACAUCCUCCAGGACAAGAAGGUCGACGGGACCUACAUCUCCAAGCAGCGCCUCUGGAGGCUGGAGGGCAUCCGCCGCUUGCUGCUGCAGGUGGAGGCGGUCCACGCGGAAUCCUGGCUGUGGCCUAGUAGUAGCGGGGAUGGUGGUCGUCGCCCUGAUAACGCAGCAGAGGUUACCACCGCGACAAAUGCUGCGGCGCCCAAGCUGGGACGAGUGCUGCCGAUCCUGAGACGAAGGGCUAGGCGACCCGGGGUGGUGUGGACGGCCCUGUGCAGGCAUCAGAGGAAGCCGUGA